UGAUAAGACAACUCUCCACCACACAGAAAACAGUACACCACAUGCUGUUUUCCCAGAGCUGGGGUCUAUAUCUAGAAGGCACAGGUUCAAUUUGAAUGCUACUUUUGGACCUUCAAUCAUGAUGAUCCUGUUUAUGGUCUUCACUGCGCUUUUUGCCAACGCGGCCUACGGCUGUGGUCGGCCCGCCUUCCCCCCAGUGGUCAAUAGGGUGGUGGCGGGACAGGAAGCGCUGCCCCACAGCUGGCCCUGGCAGGUCUCUCUCCAGUCGGACAGAAGUGGGCGCUGGAGUCACGUCUGUGGAGGCUCUCUGAUCUCCGCUGACUGGGUGCUCACCGCAGCUCACUGCGUCAAUGUUCGUUACAGCUACAGAGUCCAGCUAGGGAAGCACAGUCUGAGUGUGGCGGAUGAGGAGGGCUCCCUCACGGUGGGGGCAGCCAAGAUCGUCUCCCACGACGACUACAACACCUUGCUGAGUCGUAAUGACAUCGCCCUGAUCAAGCUGUCCUCCCCCGUCUCCUUCUCCGAAACCGUCAUGGCCGCCUGCCUGCCCGACCCCGACGUGGACCUGCCGCAUGGCACUCCCUGCUACGUCAGCGGCUGGGGACGACUCUCCACCAGCGGCCCCCCGGCCGACGUCCUCCAGCAGGCCCUGCUCCCCGUGGUGGGCCACGCCACCUGCUCCCAGGCCGACUGGUGGAGCGUCCUGGCCACCACCAAGAUGGUCUGCGCUGGGGGAGACGGCAUCAAGGCGGGCUGCAACGGAGACUCUGGGGGUCCCCUGAACUGCCAGAACCCCGAUGGAUCCUGGGACGUCCAUGGAGCGGUGAGCUUCGGCUCUGGUACAGGCUGCAAUGUCCUCCAAAAGCCAACCGUCUUCACCAAAGUCAGCUCCUACAUUAGCUGGAUAAACGCACAGGUGGUGAGCAGCCACUGAAUAAGCUAAUCGACCAGGUCGACCGCAAGACUGCAGCGCAAAGGAGCCAGCCGCCUUGAGUUCUUCAUUCCCACGAGAAAUCCGAUUGCUUGAACUUAAUUACUUUACCAAUAAAUGAAUGGGAGGACUAAUGUUGUUUUGGAGGGAAGGAAAUACUCAGUUGUCCUUUUUGUUUUUGUUGCAUGGCUUCCGCUUGGCUCUGGGGAAAUAUGUGUGCAAUAGAGAGACACUGCACAUUUACUAUAAAUAAGUAAACCUCAUGACUUAUGAAGACACAGUACACAUUAACAAAACGGAGGGGUUGAAUGUUAAAGUUAUUAACAUUUCAGAAAGCUGCAUUGUUUUAAUGCGUAAGGAUUAUUACAAAUAUUCCUCUGCUUGGAUACAAGUGUUUAACACAAGAAACGUAUUGGAUUAUUUAGAAGUAUUUAAUUUAUGGACAAAAAAAAAAAUCCGAUGCUUACUUUUUUAAACACAUAACCUUCAACUACUGAGAAUUCCUUUCCAUACAAAUCUAUUCUCACAUCAUUUUUAGAAACAUGAGGGAAGUCCCCUCAAAAUGGACGAUACAUGGAGACACUUUACAUGUUAACACAAGUAUUAAUUUAAACAAUGGAUACAUUUUGGCUGCAGAGAAACAAUAUUUAAUCAUUCUACUUGGUACAAAAUUAUUAUAAAAGUGUUCACAUCUGUCUCCUUGAAAAUGAGGUACACAGACCAAUCGAACUGGAUAAAAAACUGAUUCAGGUUUGACAAAAAAAAAAAAAAAAGUAUUGCCGGUAUGGUUCUUAAAAACCUGUUUGGUCACUUUUGACCACACAAAAUAAUUCACAAGGACAAUGCAAUGCAUCACAGGCAGUGAAUUUCCACCCAAACUAGGAAACCCCCCAUCCAAUGGGGAUUAGGAGAAAGUCCCCAUUGUUCCACAAAAGAACACACCUGAGAACUAUCGGCGUGACUCACAGACAACUUAUUCAUUCCAUAUAACAGCACACAACUCGGACUGACUCUCUUGGCUGUUCACUAGGACUAUAGGCCGCCAUGAAUGUGAUAGUGUUAGCUUGAAUUCUCCCCGGGGGAGCAUGACUCUUCCUGGCCGGCCCUCAUUCACUCCUAGCAUGCUGGGGAUAAAACAAACCACUCUGUGACUCAAGCCGGCUUGGGAAUGUGGUGGGGUGAGGGAGAGGGAGCGAGAUAAAGCCCAUGAUCCCUGAUACAGCUG